AGUAUUCUUUCUUCUUCUUCUCAUAAUAACACACAACAAAGAAAGAAAGAAAGAGAAAGAGAGAAAGAAGCAAUAGAGCACUCAAACCAUACCUUCUUCUCUACCAAUGAAGAAGUCUCAAACGUAUGAGAUUGAAACCAAAGCACUCUCCUACAAAAUCCAAACCAUUACUACAAAACCAUGGACGAAGAGCAACAAAAAAACAACAAUUCAAGAAGAAGGAAUCCAUGCAAACCAUGCACAACCAUCAUCACACAAACAUCUCUUGAAAAACAUCACCUUCAAAGCCAAACCAUGGGAACUCCUCGCCAUUGUAGGUCCAAGUGGCGCAGGGAAAUCCACUCUCCUUGAAAUCCUCGCCGGAAAACUCAAUCCCCGGUCACCAUCUCCAUCCAUCUUCGUCAACAAACUCCCCAUCAACAAAGCUGGGUUCAAGAAGAUCACAGGUUACGUCCCUCAAAAUGAUAAACUCUUUCCUCUUUUGACAGUCCGUGAAACACUCAUGUUCACCGCCAAGCUCCGUCUUUCACUCCCAUGCAUAGACCUUGAUCGUUUAGUAGAACACUUAUUGGGUGAGCUUGGUUUAACUCAUGUCGCUGACCUUCGUGUGGGUGAUGGUAAUAAAAUGAGGGGAAUCUCCGGUGGUGAACGCCGGAGAGUGUCGAUAGCUGUUGAGGUUGUGCAUGAUCCUGGUGUUUUAAUACUUGAUGAACCAACAUCCGGGCUUGAUAGUAGUUCAGCACUGCAAAUCGUCGACUUGCUUAAAAACAUGGCCGAGAUGAGAGGCCGGACGGUAAUACUAAGCAUUCACCAGCCAGGUUUCCGUAUUGUUAAACUCUUCACCUCCAUCCUCUUGCUCGCCGGCGGCUGUGUCUUGCACCAUGGCACAGUCGAUCAGCUUCUUCACAGUCUCACCACCUCAAACCUUCACCUUCCUUUGCAUGUUAACGUUGUUGAGUUCGCUUUAGACUCCAUCCAAACUCUCCAACAACAACAACAACAACAACAACAUCAAAUGGAUCAAGAACUCAAAGAACAACAACAACAACAGCUAGCUGUGGUAUCAGCACAUAAAGGUCGGUGCACGCUCCGGCAACUCUUCUUCACUGAUAUUGAAGAUGAACCUUUCAAUAGUUUUCAAAAUUCAUAUGGUAGUUACUAUGCAAACUCUUGGAUCAAAGAAACAGUGAUACUCACUAUCCGUUUCUCCAAAAUGGUUUUCCGAACCAAAGAGCUUUUUGCAUGUAGAACCAUACAAAUGCUUGUCUCCGGUCUCGUUCUCGGUUCAAUAUUCUUCAAUCUAUCCGAUGAUGCAGCCGGUGCAAAAGAACACGUUGGACUCUUUGCAUUUAUUCUUACAUUCCUUCUCUCUUCCACCAUUGAAGCACUACCAAUCUUCUUGCAAGAGGAGAUACUAAUGAAGGAAACAUCAUGUGGGAGUUAUAGAGUUUCUUCAUACGUUGUGGCUAAUGCACUGGUCUUCAUACCAUUUCUAUUAGUGCUUGCUAUUCUCUUUGCUUUGCCUCUUUACUUGAUGGUUGGUCUAAACAAGAGUUUGAAGGCAUUUGCUUAUUUCUUGUUACUGAUAUGGUUGAUACUAUACACAGCCAACUCAGUGGUGGUGUGUUUCAGUGCAUUGGCUCCGAAUUUUAUUGUGGGGAAUUCGGUGAUAUCUGGAGUUUUAGGAUCAUUCUUUUUGUUCUCUGGGUAUUUUAUAAGGAAGACAGAGAUGCCAGGGUAUUGGGUGUUCAUGCAUUAUGUUUCAUUGUUUAAGUAUCCUUUUGAAGGGUUGUUGGUGAAUGAGUUUGAAGGGAAGUGCUUGGAGUUGAAGUAUGGAGUUUGUUUGAUGAGUGGGAGUGAUGUGCUGAGAGAGGAAGGGUUGGGGGAGGAGAGCAAGUGGAGUAAUGUGUUGGUCAUGCUCAGCUAUAUCUUGGCUUACAGGUUCUGUUCUUAUCUCAUUCUUAGAUGCAAGUCUUCUUCUUUUACACAUAAGGGUGGCAUCAAGUGACUUCUUUCUAUAACUUUGUUUUGCUUUCAUCCUUGCAAUUUUUUAUUUUAUUUUAUUUUUUUUUGGGUCUACCGUCUAUCUCUCUGUGUUUCUUCACUCUUUAUUUUUCUUUCUGUUAAUAAAAAGGAGGGGGAUUUUUUUUUUUCUUUUUCUGGGAAUUUUUAGGCAAAUGUAAUUUUGAUGUGAAGUAGUUUGUUGAUUGAGUUUGAAUUUAAUUUGUUCUUUGAUUGGGUUUGGGGUAGCAGAAAUGAAUAAUCUGAUUUUUUUGAAUAGGAAUUCUGUGGGGGUUUCUUUGU